AUGAUUAUUAUUCGAUCCAGAAAUCCAAAUGAGAUCAUAUUUGGAUUGAAUGAUGGCUAUUAUGCAGCUGACUUUGAUCAGAAGGAUCAGUCGGAGCGUAAGAAAAACAGCCUGCUCCAGGUGGACCAGAGUUCAGUCAGGAACUCGUACAGCGUUUUUUCUUUGCUCAGGCUUCACACAGCCCAGAGAGCCAUCAAACAGACCCAAGUCACAGUGCAGAAGAUCGGGAAGGAGAUCGAGGAGAAGCUAAGGACGACGGCGGCCUGCACAGAGCGGAAAAAGGAGCGCGAGUGCAUGCAGCUGCGUAUAGCGGUCCUUCACAGCGAGCUGGAGCGGCAGAGGAAGGCGCUUGGGAGGGAGAGAGACCUGCGACAGAAAGAGAGGGCGCUGCUGCAGAAGAAAGAGGAUUCGUUUUCUGCUCAGCACGAGCGUCUGAAGGAGGAGAAAGAGUCCUUAUCCAAGCUGCAGAAGGAAUGCACAGCCAAGAGAGAGCAGUUCCUCAAGUCCAACGCCCAGCUCACCUUCCGUUGUCGUCAGCUCCUCUCUGAGCUUUCCUACAUCUACCCCAUCGAUGUGACCAAUCAGUCGGAUUAUGUCAUCUGUGGAGUGAAGCUGCCAAACUCGGAAGACUUUCAAGCAAAGGAUGAUGGGAGCAUAGCAGUCGCCUUGGGUUACACAGCACACCUGGUCCUCAUGAUCUCAUGCUUCCUGCAGAUCCCUCUUAGGUAUCCGGUGAUCCACAAGGGUUCACGCUCUUCUAUCAAGGACACCAUCACUGACAGACUCACUGAGAAAGAGAGAGAGUAAGUACCCUCUACAAACACACCUAAUAUUAGCAAAAACCUGAAAUAUCCACAUCACAAAUGCCGAGGUCUCUUUCUUACUGUACGAUCUGUACAUAUAGCAUACAGC